GGGCUUUCAGCAGCAAAAUUACUAGUAGAAUCAGGUUUGAGCGUGGUGGUUCUUGAGGCUCGGGACCGAGUUGGAGGCAGAACAUAUACUGUGAAGAAUAGCAAAGCAAAGUAUGUUGAUCUUGGCGGUGCCUACGUUGGUCCAACUCAGAACAGAAUCCUACGAAUUGCCAAAGAAUUCGGAGUAGAAACGUAUAAAGUAAAUGAAGUUCAGCGUCUCAUUCAUUAUGUCAAGGGCAAAUCAUAUGCCUUUAAAGGUGCAUUCCCUCCUAUGUGGAACCCAAUUGUGUACUUGGAUUACAACAAUCUAUGGAGGACCAUGGAUGAAAUGGGAAAAGAGAUUCCUAAUGAAGCUCCAUGGAUGGCACCACAUGCUGAGGAAUGGGAUAAGAUGACAAUGAAAGAACUUAUUGACAAGUUGUGCUGGACCACCACAGCUAAGAAAUUUGCAACACUUUUUGUGAAUGUAAAUGUAACAUCCGAGCCUCAUGAGGUCUCAGCUCUUUGGUUCCUGUGGUAUGUAAAACAGUGUGGAGGAACUACAAGAAUUUUUUCAACUUCUAAUGGUGGCCAGGAGAGGAAAUUUGUUGGUGGAGCUGGCCAGAUUAGUGAAAAGAUGGCAGAGCAUUUACAAGGUCGCGUAAAAUUACAAAGGCCUGUCGUGCGCAUUGACCAAACUGCAGAAAAUAUUGUAGUGGAAACACUAAAUCAUGAAAUUUAUGAGGCCAAAUAUGUUAUUAGUGCCAUCCCACCAACUCUCUGUUUGAAGAUUCAUUUUAAUCCUGAAUUACCGCCACUAAGAAAUCAGCUCAUCAGUCGCGUUCCUCUGGGUUCAGUUAUAAAAUGCAUGGUUUAUUACAAGGAGGCCUUCUGGAGAAAGAAAGAUUUUUGUGGAAGUAUGAUCAUUGAAGAUGAAGAAGCACCAAUUGGACUGACACUUGAUGACACCAAACCAGACGGCUCAGUACCUGCUAUAAUGGGAUUCAUUCUUGCACGCAAAUCAAGGAAACUGGCACAUCUAUCAAAAGAUGAAAGAAAGAGAAAAAUCUGUGAGUUGUAUGCAAAAGUUCUGGAUUCAGAAGAAGCUCUACAUCCCGUGCAUUAUGAAGAAAAAAACUGGUGUGAAGAGCAGUAUUCGGGGGGCUGCUACACAGCUUAUUUCCCACCAGGAAUCUUGACCCAGUAUGGAAGGGUUCUUCGGCAACCUUUUGGUCGGCUCUACUUUGCUGGCACAGAGACUGCUACAGAAUGGAGUGGCUAUCUUGAGGGAGCAAUACAAGCAGGAGAGAGGGCUGUCAGAGAGAUCUUAUUUACCUUGGGCAGAAUUCCAGAAAGUGAUAUAUGGAUGCCAGAACCACAGUCUUUGGAUAUUCCAGCCCUACCAAUAACAACUACCUUUUGGGAAAGAAAUAUACCAUCAGUGCCAGGCUUACUAAAGCUUCUUGGAUUUUCAUCGUUGCUUACAUCAACAGCUGCUUUAGGUCUGAUGCUUUAUAGAAAAAGGCCUUCUCUUUCGGAAUUAACAUUGAUUAGCAAUCCAGAUUCCAGUAUAUACUCGCUUUCAAAUUUGUGA